AUGUGUGACGCCAUUCGUGAUGGUUCUAUGGAUGUCGAUACGAACCUUGAUACUGAAAUCCAGGCUGCAGAUGUCGUAUCAGAGGGGCCCAUUGAGGAUGAGGCUUUUCAUGAUAUAGGUCUCGAGAAACAGGAGUAUGUCUCUGCAUCAAAUUUCUCGGUACCCGACAUUGGAUUAUUAGUUGACAUGUUGGCUGAACAGGCUACCGGAGGAACCGUGGGACCACCUUUUGAGAGUGAUUCAUUCACAGUACCAGCCAUUGGGACUGAUCCAGUAUCGAUUCCUGGCGUAUCUAGCUUACCUCGGAGUGACAGAUCUAUAGGACCAGCCACCGGGGCCGAUACUCUUACGACUCCUGGCAUUCCCCGUGUGCCUGAGGAUGAUGGACUCGCAGGCCCAGCCGUUGUGCCUGAUGCCACUACAGUUUCUGAGACCGAUUUGCCUACGGGUGUUGAUAUACCCUCCAUGACUACUCCUGCCGUUAUCUCGGAGCCUAUCAGACCUCAAUCCGAGGGGACCUCCGCUGGCGUUGGAUCCCGAUCUUCUUUAUACGAGCGUGUUCACGCCCUUUUGGCCGAUACCGAUCCUGACAGAGACAUUUUUCGUACGGACCUCGGCUUUUUUACCGCCUUUUUUAACGGCAUGAUCGAGAAACUUCUUCAUAGAGGAUAUUGUUUCGAUCAGUUCAGGCGUUCCUUUUCUCGCCACAUGAUGAUGAUUAGAGAAGAAGGGUAUCCAGAGUUGGCUGAUUCCUUCAUUGCCGAUUUUACUGUUCUGGAGUCGGAGAUCCGAGAGUUGAAGGAAUUGAAGGCUAAUGGAGCUUCUUCCUUCGUGUCCUCUCAGAUGGAGCAUAGGCUGGCACAGUGGUGCGACCUGAGAUCUUCUAUCGGCAGUGAGCUUCAGUCACAUGAGCAUUCUGUUGCACAGCUGAUGGCUACUGUGCGAGGAAGGAUACAGAUAGAGCCGAGUUACUCAGCUCUUUGGAUUCCGGCCGCGAGGAAGUGGCUAGGUUGA